CUGUGCUGUCAUUUUGUCAUUCUGUUGUAGUAUUUUCGUCAUUGCCUAUGUAGUAUUGACAUUGAUUUAGUGACUCAGUGAUUGUAUACGUUUUGAUAAAAUUAUUCUUUGUGUUUUUAUGGACGUACCAAAUACAGAAAAUUACAGUAUUAGUAACACUUUGAACAUUGUUUUCCUGUGCAAACCUGAUCAUUUUUAGCAGUUUUUUAGCUUUGAUGGGUGUUUACGAAUAGAAAUAUGGGGAUAUUCGGAAAUUCUUCACCCUUUGAUCAAGAUGUCGAACGGGCGACUAGCGAGAACAACACCAGUGAAGAAUGGGGACUGAUAAUGGAAAUCUGUGACCGCGCCGGCGCGUCCACGCAGAGCGCCAAGGAGUGCCUCCGCGCCGUGAUGCGGCGCCUGGCGCACCCCGACCCGCACGUGCAGGUGCACGCCGCCACGCUGCUGGACGCCUGCGUGGCCAACUGCGGCCGCGCCUUCCACCUCGAAGUGGCCUCGCGCGACUUCGAAACCGAGUACCGGCGCCUGCUGUCGCGCGCGCAGCCCGCAGUGGCCGGGCGCCUGCGCGCGCUGCUGCGCAAGUGGGCCGAGGGCGAGUUCCGCGACGACCCGCAGCUCGACCUCAUCCCGUCGCUGCACGCCAAGCUGCGCGCCGAGCCGGGCGAGCCCGCGCCGCGCGCCGCCGCCGAGCCGGCCGCCGCCGCCGCCGCCGCGCAGCGCGAGCAGGACGAGCUGGCGCGCGCCAUCGCGCUGUCGCUGCGUGAGGCGGCGCCCGCGCCCGCCGCCGCCGCCGCGCUCUACCCGCGCGUGGACGCGCCCGCCGCCGCGCCCGCCCGCAAGGUGCGCGCGCUCUACGACUUCGAGGCGGCCGAGGACAACGAACUCACCUUCCUGGCCGGCGAGAUCGUUCACGUGACCGACUCCAGCGACCCGAACUGGUGGAAGGGAUACAACGAGCGGGGCGAGGGCCUGUUCCCGGCCAACUUCGUGACGGGCGAGCUGGGCUCGACGCCGGCGACGGUCGCGACGGGGGCGCCGCCGGCGGGCGAGGCGGGCGCGGACGCGGCGGCGGCCGGGCCGGCGGCCGACGAGCCGCCGUCCAGCAUCGACGAGGCCGCCAUGGACGCGGCGCUGGCGCUGCUGCACGAGGCGGACCCGCGCGAGGCGGGCGCGGGCGCGGCCGAGGCGGCGCUGGCGCGGCUGGAGGCGCGCGCGCUGGCCAUGGGCGCGCUGGUGGACGCGGCGCUGGAGCGCGCCGACCGCCGCCACGCGCGCCUCACGCAGCUCAGCGCCGAGCUGGUGGACGCGCUCAACCUCUACCACUCGCUCAUGCGCGACCCGCUCAAGCCGCUCUACCCGCCGCACGGCUUCCCGCCGCCCGCGCUGCACCCGCCGCCGCCCAGGUCAGCCGCCCGCGAUCUCACUCUCUCUGACAGGGGUGCAAAUAUGUAACGAGGAUACCCGUACCUGGUGCUGAUCGCGGCCAGCGCAGUGUCGGGCCGCCGCCUACCGGGCCACGCCGCCCACUUACCAUCCUGAUUAUAUAUUUACUUAAUAGUAACUUGUUAUUCCUUUAAAAUAAUAUAUUCUGCAAAA